GCCCCUAUUCAGUCGCACGUGUGUUUUCUCCACUGUUUUGCUCUGUUUUGUCCAAGAAACAGUCAUGCCGGCUUUACAUACACUUCUAGACUUCCAGUUCGAACCUGGCGGCACCAAAAAUCCACUGAUUGACCAGCAGCUGUACCGUGACCUGUGUGACCUUGUGUCCCAGCUGGUACAGAACAGCAGCGCUGCUCCGCUGUCCUCCGUUUCCCUGGGAGACGCUGGGUCUCUGGACGUCUUCACAGCUGAGAACGGAAGCCAUGCGACCCUGCGAGUAUAUCCUCAGGGCUUGCUAACUGUGGAUGCUGAGAUGUGGGUAGCCGAGGGAGAACAGCCUGCCAUCACUGCAGAGCAUGUUGCAUCAACUCAGAAGAAAAUCAGUGAGCUUCUUGGCUGCAAUAAGUCUAAAAGAUUCCCGUUCAUCAAGCGCGGCGCCCGUGUGGACCCGUAUGUACCGACAGCCGACAACAAGCUGAUCGAGUAUGACUUUGACGAGUGUGUGUAUGAAGCCGACUCCCCCUACCAGAACAUCAAGAUAAUGCACUCUCCUCAGUUUGGAAACAUGCUGCUAUUGGACAACGAUCCUAAUCUGGCGGAGAGUGACCUGGCCUACACACGAGCAAUCCUGGGUAACGGUCGUGAGGACUUUAGCGGGAAAUCCGUGCUGAUUCUGGGGGGCGGGGAUGGAGGAAUCCUCCAUGAGCUGCGACAGGGAUCUCCCAAAUCUGUCAUCAUGCUGGAGAUUGACCAGCUGGUGAUUAAUGCAGCUGUUAAAUACCUGCGGGGAAUCUGCCACGACUCCAUGGACCAGCUCAAGGGGCACAACUAUGAGGUUUUAGUUGAAGACUGCAUCCCAGUUUUGGAGAAGUACGUACGGGAAGGAACCAUGUUUGAUUACGUCAUCAACGAUCUCACAGCUAUUCCCAUUUCUACACAGCCUGUCGGUGACUCUUGGGACUUCCUGAGGAAGAUUCUGGACUUCUCCAUGCAGGUGUUGAAGCCCACAGGCAGGUAUUAUACACAGGGUAACGGGGCCAACAUGGUGGACGCCCUGCGUAUGUAUGAGGGCCAGCUGGAGAAACUGUCCUGUAAAGUGGACUUCUCCAAAGAGACAGUCUGUGUGCCGUCCUACCACGAGCUUUGGGUGUUCUACUGCAUCUGGAAAGUGGAUGCAGCCAAUGGCUGCGAAGGGAAGGAUGCACAAGCAACCAAUGGGAGCACCUAACACAUCAUCAACUAACCAAUCAGAAACAUUCUUACAAAAUUUUACAGCAUAUAUCUAAGUAUAUAUGAUGACUUGUGUUAUGGUGGUAGACUUGCUUUGCAAGUUUUGUGAUUUAAAAAAUCUUUUCUUACAGCUAUAACCUUUAGCAUGCUAAGGUUGCCAUGUGUAGCAUUAAGUUUGUAUUGGUUAUUGGGUUAGACAGAAGGUUCAGUAUGAUACGUCGGUGAAGGUUAGACAUCCAGGUAAUACGAUACGCCCAAAAGUAGUUACUCAAGCAACUGGAUAUGAUUUUCAUUCAGACAU